AUGGAGUUCCCAUUUAUGCGAGCUUUUAUCGCUCUUUUUCUCUACCGUUAUUUUCGCCUUAUUGUGAAUCUGGUUUCAUUUUGGACUUUCAAGCCGAUUCCUCCCCCCGAGAACCCAAAGUUAACUGCGCAAGAUGUUACGGUGAUUCUCCCUACUCUUGAGGGAUGCGGCGAUGAAUUGGUCGAGACGAUUCGAACGAUUCUUGACAAUCACCCAUAUGAGCUCUUGUUGGUGACAAUCGAGGCCAACCGAAAGAAAGCCGAGAACAUGUUGAACUUGAUGCCUGCUUCGAAAUCAAGGAUCCGUCUCUUCACCGUUACACAUCCCAAUAAACGCCGUCAAAUGACAAGAGCUAUUCCGGAAGUUCGCACUCCGAUUACAAUCUUUGCAGAUGAUGACGUGAGCUGGCCGCGCACCGUACUUCCCUGGAUCUUAGCUCCUUUUGAAAAAGACGAGCGAUACGGAGGCGUGGUUACCUGCCAGCGACUUCGUCGUGCUGCUGCACCGACCUUUUCUCAGCGUAUUUGGGGGUUCCUUGGUGCUCUCUACCUGGAAAGAAGAAAUUUCGAUUGCGCAGCUACGACACAUAUCGAUGGCGGACUCCCUUGUAUGUCAGGGCGCACUGUUGCAUACCGGACAGACAUACUUCAAAAUGAAGGGUUUACUUACGGUUUCACCAACGAGGAGUGGUGGUUUGGCAAAUACCAAUUGAAUGCCGACGAUGACAAUUUCAUCACGCGCUGGAUGGUAUCGCAUGGGUGGGAGACCUUCAUGCAGUACCACCCCGAAGCUGAAGUUCUUACGACUCUGGAAGACAACCCUAAAUUUCUGAAGCAAUGCGCGCGGUGGUCACGAAGCAACUGGAGGAGCAACCUUACGAGUAUGUUCCAUGAAAAACACAUUUGGUAG